UCCAACAUGGAGAGCGGAGGAGAAGCGGCCCGUGCGGAGCCGUCCUCACCGACAUCAGGGCAUCAUUAUCGGUCACUGCAUCCAGGAACGACCCGGCGGGGCAGGAGGUAAAGGAGGAGACGGUGACGAGGAGAGAACCGGGAGGAAAGAACCGGGAGGAGAGAACCGGGAGGAAAGAACCGGGAGGAGAGAACCGGGAGGAAAGAACCGGGAGGAGAGAACCGGGAGGAGAGAACCGGGAGGAGAGCGCGAGACAACCGGAGCAGCUGCCGCUUCUGCCGCUGCCGCAGGGAACAUGAGGACACCGCACCGCGCCGCUGCAGCGGAAGUUUAUCAUCGCUGGAGGUGAAGCGACAAAAUGAACGAGGACACGCGACCUGACGACGACAGCUACAUCGUGCGUGUAAAAGCGGUGGUGAUGACCAGGGAUGAAUCGAGCGGCGGCUGGUUGGCGCAGGACGGUUGCCUGAGCAGAGUGGGCGUGUGCAGGCUGCUACCGGCUGAACUGCUGGGACGCAACACGUUCCUCAUCCACGGAGAACGACUGAAAGACCAACAGGUGAUUCUGGAGUGUGUUUUAAAGAAGGAUUUAAUUUACACAAAGGCCACACCGACGUUCCACCACUGGAAGGUGGACAACAAGAAGUGCGGUCUGACCUUCCAGAGCUCGUCUGACGCCCGAGCCUUCGACCGGGGGGUGAGGAGGGCCCUGGAGGAUCUGACGGAAGGCUCGACCACGUCCUCAUCAACGCUGCAGAACGAAGCAGAGCUCGGUGACGAUGACGUCUUCACGACCGCCACCGACAGCUCGUCCAACUCAUCCCAAAAGAGAGAGCUGGCACUGCCAAACAUCUGUGAACCGCGCCGACACCACUGCAUCCUGGGACAUUUCUACGAGCAGCACCGGCCCUCGGACCACUACUUCCUGGAGCAGGCGGUGCACAUGUUUCCUCGUCAUGUCAGCUUCCAGGUGGAGGAGGAGAUUGUACGUAUCGACCCCCGAGAGCGGACCUGGCUCACCGGCUAUGAGGAUUACCGCCACGCCAACGCCUCGCGAAACAAACUCACCCAGCCAAACAACCCUGACGCCUAUGUGCACUUCACCAAGAGCGAGCCGCCCAAACACGACUACACGUACCCCUACCCGCUGAGCUGCGAUGUGCAGCGAGGCCGCAGUGGUAAACUGGGCCGGCCAGAGGUGGGCGGUGGCCACAGAGCGGUGGUGACGGUGCAGCCGCGAGCUCUUCAGCCUACAGGCAAGCGACGAACAGAGGACGGCGAGCGUUUACGCUGCAUUUACUGUCAGGACAUGUUCAACCACAAGGACAAUGGGCGGGGCCGGUGCCAGGAAGCACCUGACCCCAUCCAGACCUGCAUCCGGCGGGUCAGCUUCAUGUGGUGCGCCGACAGCCUGCUGUACCACUGCAUGUCAGACCCAGAGGGAGACUACUCAGACCCGUGCUCCUGCGACACCAGCGACGAGCGCUUCUGCCUGCGCUGGAUGGCGCUGGUGGGUCUGUCGCUGCUGGCGCCCUGCAUGUGGUGCUACGCCCCCCUCAGGGCGUGUCACCGCUGCGGUGUGGCCUGUCACUGCUGUGGCGGGAAACAUAAAGCUGUGGGCUGAGGCGUCGCUGGCCUGAGGACUCAUUGUCGUUGUUGUUCAUCUCGUCUCCAGAAGCACGAACUUUGUUCAAGUUCCAUGUUGGUUUUUCAACUCAUUUAUACAUAAAAUGAUAUAAAUAUAUAUAUAUAUGUAUAUAAAACAGGUACUUUAUAUUUUUACACUCAUGUUUAAAUUUUUCUGCAGGUCUGUAUGAACGUUGUGUUUGUAGAGGAACAUGAGACGUCUUCGUCUCAGAGGAAAACAUCAGGUGUGGUCUGUCAACACAAGACGUUCAGGUCCGUGUGUGUGUGGGUGUGUGUGUGGGUGAGUGUGUGAGUGUGUGUGUGUGGGG